UUCCACUGUGAUAGGGGUCUCACCAUACUAUACCUAUAGUAUAGUAACCAACCGCUAACGCCGUGCUUAACCUAUAUUAUAUCACUUAGUGUAUACUCUGUAUGCAUUGUAAGCUAAAACUGCAAAUCACGAUCGAGCAAAGCUAUCGUAUAUAAGAUUUUUUAAAGCAUUUAGUGUUAAAUUAUCAGUUUCCAAUAUGAAUAUCACAUCGGCAGCUGGUAUUAUUUCGCUACUCGAUGAACCCAUACCAGAAUUGAAAGUGUUCGCCUUGAAAAAGUUAGAUGUGAUCGUCGACGAAUUCUGGCCCGAAAUAUCCGAGGCUAUUGAAAAAAUUGAGAUUUUACACGAGGAUCGGAAUUUCAAUCAUCAUGAACUCGCUGCACUUGUUGCUAGCAAAGUUUACUAUCAUUUAGGCAGUUUCGAAGAUUCGUUGACUUAUGCUUUGGGUGCAGGUGAAUUAUUUGAUGUAAAUGCUCGUAACGAGUAUGUUGAUACAAUAAUUGCAAAAUGUAUCGAUUUUUAUACACAACAAAGAGUGCUAGAAGCAGAGAACAAAGUACAACCUGGGGGUAAAAGCAUUGACCCAAGAUUGGAAGGAAUAGUUGACAGAAUGUUCCAAAGAUGCCUGAGUGAUUCCCAAUAUCGUCAAGCUCUAGGUCUUGCUCUUGAAACAAGAAGAAUGGAUAUUUUUGAAGCAUCCAUCAUGCAAUCUGAUGAUGUUAGUGGAAUGCUAUCCUAUGCCUUUCAAGUUGCAAUGAGUCUUAUCCAAAAUCGUGGCUUCCGUAACACAGUUCUACGCUGCUUAGUUAGCUUAUACAAAAAUUUGAAUACUCCAGAUUACGUCAGUAUGUGUCAGUGCUUGAUAUUCUUAGAUGAUGCCCUAGCUGUUGCAGAACUUUUGGACAGACUUAGCAAAGGUUCCACAGAUUGUGCUCUAAUGGCUUAUCAAAUUGCAUUUGAUCUGUAUGAGUCUGCCACUCAACAAUUUCUUGGUCGUGUUCUGCAAGCUUUAAGAGCCACAGCUCCUAUACCAGGAGCACUUGCUGUGAAAGCCAUAGUCAAACCAGCAGUUUCAGCCUCAGUUGCAGUUGAAGAGUCAACGGAAAUAGCUACAGUUGGAACAGAGGAGGAAAAAACUCCAGAAGAAAAAACACAAAGAAGUGUAGAAAGUUUGAAUGCAGAAGAACGAGAGCAGCAGGAUAGAAUCAACUCUCUGUCAAAAAUCUUGGGUGGAGAAAUAACUAUUGAUCUACACCUACAAUUUCUGAUCCGCAGCAAUCAUACUGAUAUGCUUAUUUUGAAGAAUACAAAAGAUGCCAUUAGGGUUUCAAUUUGCCACACUGCAACGGUUAUUGCAAAUGGUUUCAUGCACUCUGGUACAACUAGCGAUCAGUUCCUAAGAGACAACUUGGAGUGGCUGGCUCGUGCAACUAACUGGGCGAAACUCACAGCAACAGCAUCCUUGGGAGUUAUUCAUCGUGGUCAUGAACAAGAAGCUUUAGCACUAAUGCAGUCUUACUUGCCAAGAGACACUGGCUCUGGAGCUGGAUAUUCGGAAGGUGGGGGCUUGUAUGCUUUGGGUCUCAUUCAUGCCAAUCAUGGGGCAGCUAUCACAGACUACUUGUUAGGACAAUUAAAAGAUGCUCAAAAUGAAAUGGUGAGGCACGGUGGUUGUCUUGGCUUGGGAUUAGCUGCAAUGGGAUCGCAUAGGCAAGACGUCUACGAGCAAUUGAAGUUCAAUCUAUACCAAGAUGAUGCUGUGACUGGUGAGGCUGCUGGAAUCGCCAUGGGUAUGGUAAUGUUGGGUUCCAAAGCAACUCAAGCGAUCGAAGAUAUGGUCGCUUACGCUCAAGAAACUCAACACGAGAAAAUUCUACGUGGACUCGCCGUUGGCAUCGCAUUCACCAUGUAUGGCCGACUAGAAGAAGCAGAUCCUCUUGUCAGUUCGUUGAGCGCCGACAAAGAUCCGAUACUCCGUAGAAGUGGAAUGUAUACGUUAGCGAUGGCUUACUGCGGUACCGGCAACAAUCAAGCUAUUCGUAAACUUCUACACGUCGCUGUAUCGGACGUCAACGAUGAUGUACGUCGUGCAGCUGUCACGGGUCUCGGAUUUUUGCUUUUCCGUAACCCGGAGCAAUGUCCAAGCGUUGUUUCACUGCUGGCUGAAAGUUACAAUCCUCAUGUUCGUUACGGAGCUGCGAUGGCUCUUGGUAUCGCUUGUGCUGGUACUGGAUUGAAAGAAGCUAUUAGUUUGUUGGACCCUAUGACAAAUGAUCCAGUUAAUUUUGUACGUCAAGGUGCACUCAUUGCCUCGGCUAUGAUAUUGAUUCAGCAAACCGAAGCUACUUGCCCACGCGUUAAAGAUUUCAGAGCAUUGUACUCCAAAGUGAUCGUCGACAAGCAUGAAGACCAUAUGGCUAAAUUUGGUGCUAUACUUGCUCAGGGUAUUAUCGACGCUGGUGGUAGAAACGUCACGGUUUCACUACAGUCUCGUACUGGACAUACAAACAUGCUAGCUGUAGUUGGCGCGCUCGUGUUCACGCAAUACUGGUAUUGGUAUCCAUUAGCUCAUUGCUUAGCUUUGGCAUUCACUCCAACUUGCUUGAUAGCAUUAAAUGCUCAAUUGAAGAUGCCCAAGUUGGAAAUAAAAUCGAACGCCAAACCAAGUACUUACGCUUAUCCAGCUCCACUUGAGGAGAAGAAACGAGAAGAACGCGAAAAAGUUACAACGGCUGUUCUUAGUAUUGCUGCGAGAGCUAAACGUCGAGAAUUCGAACGUCGUGCUCGUGAUAAUCACGACAAGAUGGAUGUUGAUUUGCCAAGUACUGCCGAGGUGAAAGAGAGCAGUGCUGAAUUGAAGGAUGAGAAGAAAACAAAGGAUAAGGAGGAGAAAGAAAAAGACGCAAAGGAUGUGAAAAAAGAUGAAAGCAAUGAAAAGGAUAAGGAAAAGGAGAAGAAGGAACAAGAGCCUAAUAAUGAGGUUCUUCAGAAUCCAGCGAGGAUUCUUAGACAACAAUUGAAAGUUAUUCAACUGCUUGAGAAUAGUCACUAUGUACCCAUGAAAGAUUUGCAGAUCGGUGGGAUUGUUAUGGUCAAACAUAUUGCUGAAGCUGGUAAAGAAGAAGAACUUGUUGAACCUGUUGCUGCGUUUGGUCCGAAGCCUGACGAAGAAAAGGAAGCUGAUCCACCAGAGCCUUUUGAAUUCACCGAAGAGUAAACUAGAAAAUCAUAAUUUAUUUUUUAUCCCGCAGUUUUUUAUGAUACGUUUAUUGUAUUCAUAAAUUAUCUUUACUGCUUUAUCAUUAAAGUAAUGAAUAUAUUGUACGAAAAUUUGAUGAGUUCUCUUUA